CAUAGUACCGUCUGCCACUGUCUGUAAUUGUCCUUCAUUCGGAUCAACUGCUUUCGUGAUACAUCACACCAUCUGACCAGAGUCCCCUCAUCAGCUACUUACUACCUACACUCGCCGAGGCCUGUCAAGCCUUCCUCCAGCAACACCAUGAUCUCCCCCAACACCCUGUACAUCACACUCCAGUAUCUCCAGGGCGCGAACAACAAUGUCGAAUUUCAUUGGGGUCUGUACAUCACCGACAGGUCGGCCCCGAACGGCCACUUCCUCUCCGUCAUCGAUGCCAACCCUCCAAUCAUGGAUCUCCGCAUGGAGCUUCGCGAGAUCGAAAACCCUACGAAGGCCCCGAGGAUGGUGGUCUGUUUGAAGAUUGCUACUUCACCCGGCCUGACGGCUCUUCACUCCGCCGCUUCUGCUGUCCGCCUGAUGGAGAACGAGCACCUACCGGAUGGAGAGCAUCAGUGGAACAGCCGUGUAUGGGUCAAGGAGGUUCUCUCCGCUCUGGCCAAAAGAGGGUACAUUCAGAUGCCAUGGGGGCUUGAACAGGUUGAGCAAAACUGCCUAUACACGGCCAAGGAGAACAUACAGUCCGCCGGGAGGCCAGUGGUGUACAACGAGCUGGCAUGGCUUACGAGAAAGGUGGACGGGGCCUUAAACGGUCCAGGUCCCCUCGUCCCCAAGCCUCGCUCUCGAGUAGAGCUACCCACUGAAUCCCCCUACGCAGAGGCUCCUGCCGAAAACUCCCGGCCGCGGGCAGAGCUUCCCACUGGACGCUCGCACGAAGAGCUCCCCGCUUGAGCCCAGCACAGCCUGGAGCCCAAGGUCAUCAGCAACUGCCAAGAUGGAAACCGGGGUUGGAUAGCAAUGAUUGUGGCGGGACUUUGUCAGCUGGGAAGCACAGUUCGAAUUUUCUGUUGAGCUGUAAAUCUCGUCUUGGUACCUAGUGUUUUUGGUUUUUGUUCUGGCUUAAAUGGCAAGUUAAGGCAGGGAUAUGACACAGUUACAUCUUAUCUCACUUUGCAAU